AACAACACAUCUAUCUGAUGUGGAAAUGAAACCGAAACAAUCUGACUUCUUCACAAAACCACAACAUCGUCGACAGCAGAUCACUUUCGCUAUGUCUUCCGAUGAGGAUUUCUCUCUGGUUAUCCCACCACCAUCCGAGGAAACCUUGGAGAGCAUCAAGGCUUCAAUCAACAAACACAAGAAAAAACAUGAGCAGCUGAUCCAGGAGCAGGAGGAGCUGGUCGCCUGCAGGAAUGACCAGCAGGACAUGGCUGAGCAGUUUAGACAGCGCUCUAUAAAACUGAACCAGAAAAGAAAAGAGGACCAACGCUCACGCGAAGAGCAGAUGGAAAAUGAUAAGGCUAAGAUAAAGUUGGGGCAGCAGGAAGAGAGUGACCUGAUGGAGCAGAUCCUGCGAGUGGAGGAACUACUAGAGCAGGAAAAAGCCAGAAACCUCCAUCUGAAACAGCAGAAUGACGUGUUCUCUGCUGUGCCUGAGCGGAAGGUCGCCUUCACCGGCUUGACAGGAAAGGAAGGCGACGGACAAGAAUUUGAUAUGGAGACAAAUAUAGUUUACCCGAUGGAGGGCGGGACGGCAUUCAUUACAUUUGAGGAAGAAGUAGUGGCCAGUAAUAUCCUGAAGAUGCAGAAGCAUGAGGUGAAGGUGGGGGCAGGCUGCAGGAUCACUGUGGAGGCCCGGCAAGUUCAUCUGUUGCUGCCCCGGCUGGUGGAGAUCGACUCUGAAGUGAGUUCUCAGCACAUAUUAAUCUCCAGCCUGCCCAAAAUGGAGAUUGAGCCGCUGCUCAACAAGCUGGAGAUCCACUUCUCCAAGACUAAACACGGAGGAGGAGAGGUGGAGAAGUGUGAGAUGCUGCCUGACUCCUGGACCGUGGCCCUUACCUUUGUGAAGAAUGACAUUGCCAAAGGUUUGAUAGAAACUGAGCACCAUGACGUGAAGCUGCAGGAGAAGAUGCACAGAGUAAGGGUGACGGCCUUCCUCAACGGAAAGAUUACAAACUUAGUGACAAAGAUGACGGCUUGUCCGCGAACACUGCUGCUGACAGGAAUCCCCACCAUCAUGGAUCGGGAGACUCUGCAGGAUGAGCUGGAAAUCCACUUUCAGAAAAGCUGCCACGGCGGAGGAGAGGUUGUAGCCUUCCUCUACAACCCGCUGGGUCAGCACACCUCGGCAGUGUUUGGGGGACCCCCCAAAAAUACAGAUAAGGAGACGGAAUAAUGUGUGAGGGCUAAUGUGCGGCGGGGCGGUCAUUAUGGAGACAAGAACACCCUGAAGGAUUAUUACACGGCCACAUCCUAAAUAACUUACUAUUACUCAACUACGUAACUUUAAAUGAAGGGCAGCACUGAUCGAUAAUAAUUAUAAUAAUAGAUUUAAUUUAUUCUUUCCACCAACAAGUCUUCAAACAAUGCCAGAGCAGCCCAUAUAGUGUUCCUGUUAGUGUUUACUUCCUGUCUGUCUUCUUUUGGGGAUUUCUCUGAAUUCCUGGGGUGUUAUCGAGUAUUAAGAACCUCUGAAAUGUCCAAAUUGACCAAUCAUAAUCGAGUAAUCAACUAAGCCGUGGAAUAAUAGAAAAUACUGCUUUAUCAUAUCUGUUCAUAUCAAAAAUCUCUCAGGUUCAGGUUGAGAUGUAACGACCCUUAAUCCGUUUAAGUCUCUUUUUCUGUGAAUGACAUUUAGUAUAUUUGAGCUGGAAGUUCUGAGGAUGAUUUAUGACCUCAAAAAAACAUGUUUCUAGAACAAACGCUUUGCCACUCCUGGCACUAUUGGUGAUAUCGAUUCUGUCAUUUAUUGAACUUGAAGGAAAUAUUUAUCUUGGUUUUUUUCUAGCAAUUUUGAAAGAAUAGCAUUGAACAAUACAAUGUUAUUGAUUCCUCAUUAACUGAUAACCCGAUCAAUCAACAAGGAAUACUUUUAAAGGUUUAAUCUCAUAAACAUGUAAAAAGCCUGCUGUGAUACUUUCCAUCUUUGUUUGUUUUUACUCAUGGAAAAUCAAAUGGAGACACAAUCAUGUUUGUAUUUGUUUACAUUGCUAUAAAUAAAACUCUUGCAUUAAACAGUA